AUGGUUGAAGGAGGUUUCCCUGGUCAGCACACGACGACGACGACAGUGACGUCCAGCACCACGGUUCAGACCAACAUACGGUUCGACCGCUCCUACAUAACGACCAUCCCAGGGAUACUGAAGAUAGUACAAGUUCUAUGCAGUCUCCUCGGGUUCAUAUGCAUCCAGUGCUCACGCCUGAGCAGCUGGAGUAAAGGCUCCUUCUUCAGCUGGAUCUCUAUGAUCGCCUUCUGGUUCACCGGGAUCCUACUCGGCCUGUACCUCUUCCAUAUCCUGGAGAAGUUCUACAAGAUCCCCUGGCUGAAGCUUGAGUUCCUGUUCUGCGCGAUCUGGACGCUCAUGUACCUGAUUGCUUCUAUUCUAGCUACAACUGUUCAUGAUAACCCUCAUUCUGCUGCUGCGUUCUUCGGUUUCGUGGCGAUGUUGGCGUAUUUGGUGGACGCAUACCUAAAGUUCAAGGCAGUGCGUGACGGUGGCCUGGCCCAGGGCUCCCGUGUUGUCUCCAAGCAGACCUCCACCGUCGAGUCACCUCCUCCCCGGAUUGGCUACUAA